AGUUUGAAUACUACCGAAACACAAUACGAAUAUUCUCAGUUAUAGUUCUGAUUCUUUCGAUUAUAUAAUGAAGUUAUAUAUAAAUUUUCUGUUGCCAGCGUUUCUAUUUGGCUUAAUUGCAUUGAGCCAAUUGCCAUAUGGCAAUGCUAGAGCUUUGGUUAGCCCCCCAGGGGUGAUGGCCAGCGCUAAUGCCACGGGAAGCCUGAAAACCAAUGUCACCAAUCAAAACGCAACCAUUGUUUUGGCCAGGGAUACUGAUCGGAGCAAUGACACCGCCGUAACAACACUGCCAGCACAGACCAAGUCCCUCGAGAUGUCCCAGUCCACGGGCAGCACUGUGGUUACGAAUAUUGUGCGCAGAAAGCGUGCAGAGACCGAGCCGACAUUGCCCUUCGAUUUUCAUACAAUGCAUCUACCAUGCGAUUUAGAUCAAAACGGCAGAGCUCAGGUGGUCGAUGCCUUUCCCAAUCAUUGCAUCUGGGUUUGGAACAAUAAAUUUGUGCAUGAGGGCUUCUAUCGGGUUUUCAAGACAUAUCAGCUGGAGGGGUUCUUCUUUGGACAGUAUUAUGAGCGCUUGAAGCGCUUCGAGAUCGAUCCCCACAGUUGGGACUACAGCAACACAGGAUUCUAGAUGACCCCUAGAUAGCAACAAUUAAAUUAACUGUAAAUUAUGUGGAAAUGUAUAAAAAUUCAAAACGAAAACAACAAAAA